CACAGUGUAACUGGGAAAAACUUGUUUUUUAUGUAGAUGAGACACUCAAAGAGAACUUAUUGUUCUGAUUGGGAUGAAAAAGAUUGGGAUUAUGGAAAAUGGAGGAGCAGCAGCAGUCAUAAAAGAAAGAAGAGAUCACAUAGCAGUGCCCGGGAGAACAAGCGCUGCAAAUACAAUCACUCUAAAACGUCUGACAGCCAUUAUUUGGAAAGCAGAUCCUUAAAUGAGAAAGAUUAUCACAGUCGACGCUAUGUUGAUGAAUAUAGAAAUGACUACAAUCAAGGAUGUGAACCUGGACAUCACCAUAGAGACCAUGAGAGCAGAUAUCAGAAUCAUAGUAGCAAGUCCUCUGGUAGAAGUGGAAGAAGUAGUUAUAAAAGCAAACACAGGAUUCACCACAGUACUUCAUAUCAUCGUUCACAUGGGAAGAGUCACCGAAGGAAAAGAACCAGGAGUGUAGAGGAUGAUGAGGAGGGUCACCUGAUCUGUCAGAGUGGAGACGUACUAAGUGCAAGAUAUGAAAUUGUUGAUACUUUAGGUGAAGGAGCUUUUGGAAAAGUUGUGGAGUGCAUUGAUCAUAAAGCGGGAGGUAGACAUGUAGCAGUAAAAAUAGUUAAAAAUGUGGAUAGAUAUUGUGAAGCUGCUCGCUCAGAAAUACAAGUUCUAGAACACUUAAAUACAACAGAUCCCAGCAGUACCUUCCGCUGUGUCCAGAUGUUGGAGUGGUUUGAGCAUCAUGGUCACAUAUGCAUUGUGUUUGAACUACUAGGACUUAGUACUUAUGACUUCAUUAAGGAAAAUGGUUUUCUGCCAUUUCAACUGGACCACAUCAGGAAGAUGGCAUAUCAGAUAUGCAAGUCUGUAAAUUUUCUGCACAGUAAUAAGUUGACUCACACAGACUUGAAGCCUGAAAACAUCUUAUUUGUGCAAUCUGAUUACACAGAGGCAUAUAAUCCCAAAAUGAAACGUGAUGAACGUACCUUAGUAAAUCCAGAUAUUAAAGUUGUAGACUUUGGAAGUGCAACAUACGAUGAUGAACAUCACAGUACAUUGGUCUCUACAAGGCAUUAUAGGGCACCUGAAGUUAUUUUAGCCCUAGGAUGGUCCCAACCAUGUGAUGUCUGGAGUAUCGGAUGUAUUCUUAUUGAAUACUACCUUGGGUUUACAGUAUUUCCAACACAUGAUAGUAAGGAGCACUUAGCAAUGAUGGAAAGGAUUCUUGGGCCUUUACCAAAACAUAUGAUACAGAAAACCAGGAAACGUAAAUAUUUCCAUCAUGAUCGAUUGGACUGGGAUGAACACAGUUCUGCUGGCAGAUAUGUUUCAAGGCGCUGUAAACCUCUGAAGGAAUUUAUGCUUUCUCAGGAUGCUGAACAUGAGCUUCUCUUUGACCUCAUUCAGAAGAUGUUGGAAUAUGAUCCAGCUGAAAGGAUUACUCUCAGAGAAGCCUUAAAGCAUCCUUUCUUUUACCCCCUAAAAAAAACUAUAUAGAUUUAUAAUUGUACACCUCUUUUGAAGAGAUCUUAUGGACUGUAUCAGCCUAAUUUUUAAAUAUUAAGUUAUUUUGUACAGCUUUUGUAAAUUUCUUAAGGCUUUUGUAUUGCCAUGUUUAUUUUGUUUGGAUAAUUUGAUUUGUUAAGUAAAUAGCUAAAGUAAUGAACAUCUUUUUCAGUAAUUACUGUAUAAAAUGAUUUCUUCAGAAUAAAUUUUUUGUGCUUACGAAAUUAA